CGAUUUCUGUACUUCUGCUGCAGUCUGCACACAGAACCGGGAAGCGCUUAUUGUCGUUUUAAAAUUAAAGUUUCAGUCUUUCAAGUAUGUCACCUACGCCGAAAAGAGCCUGCACAAGUCCUCUGAACGACAGUUUAGAGACAAGGGUUAAGAAAAUAUCAAUAGAAGGCAAUAUUGCUGCAGGCAAGUCCACGUUUGUGCGUCUGCUGGAGGGAUACAGCGAUGAGUGGGAGAUCGUACCUGAGCCCAUAGCCAGGUGGUGCAAUGUGCAGACUCAACACAGCGAAUAUGAGGAAUUAACAACGUCUCAGAAGAGUGGUGGGAAUGUCCUCCAGAUGAUGUAUGAGAAACCAGAGAGAUGGGCCUACACCUUUCAGACCUAUGCCUGCAUGAGCAGAGUGCGUGCACAGCUCAAUUAUCGGAAUGGAAAGCUCCUGGACGCUGAGAACCCAGUGCAGUUCUUUGAGAGAUCGGUUUACAGUGACAGAUACAUUUUUGCUUCUAAUAUGUAUGAAAGUGAAUGCUUUAAUGAAACUGAAUGGGCUAUCUAUCAGGACUGGCAUACAUGGCUGCACUCUCAGUUUGGAAAACAGCUUGCGCUAGAUGGAAUUAUCUAUCUCCGCGCAAUUCCUGAGAAAUGCAUGGAACGACUGCAUGCACGGGGCCGAGAGGAAGAACAAGGCAUUCCCCUGGAGUAUCUGGAGAAGCUCCACUUCAAGCACGAGAGCUGGCUUCAGCAUAAAACCAUGCGCAUGGAUUUUGACUACUUGAAUGAUGUUCCUGUCUUGACUUUGGAUGUAAAUGAAGACUUUAAAGGCGAUAAAAGAAAGUGUGCCACUAUGAUUGAAAAGGUCAGUGAGUUCCUGAGCACUUUAUAGACUGAAGUGAAUGUCUGCACAUCAGCUCCUUAUGAAUUCUGUGAAGAAAAGAUGUACUGUAUUUGCAAAGAUGUUUGGUUGAAUCAUUUAUCUAGUAUUUGAAACUAAAAGUUAGGCAUUAUCUAAUUAAGUAAUCGGUUGUUGUUGUUUUGUUCCUUUUUGUGUCAUCUGUGCUGCCAAGUUUUUUUUAAAGAUUGGCAGACUUGUGUUUUCUGGUGUAUGUGAUAACUAAAGGUAUCUGCAAAAAAAGAUUUUUAUAUUUGUAUGAUGUUUUUGCAUAUUAUAACAUUGAUGUAAACAGCUUGCUUUAUUCUGAAUGAAAAUGAGAAAUUACUUAAAAUAUACCAUGUAAGCAUGUGAUACCUAGAGUAACAGAAAGUAUAAAACCAGUGAUAUAAAUCCCUGUUAUUUUUCUAUAAUCAUGUGUAAAAGACUUGAUCUGGACUACUUGGAGAAAAAGUAAAAUUGUUUCAUUAGAACUCCUAUUCAAAUUUCAAGUGUUAAACUUGUUCUAUUAGGUCUGAGUCUUUAAAAGAAUCCUUGUAGUUCUAUGACUGGAUGGAUUGAUAAAAAGUGCCAUUGUAAUGUGGAUUCCAAAAUGUUAGAAGAACUGCUAUGUUUUACGUUUUCUGUAGUAGAUUCACAAACACAGAACUUAUUAAAUUAAAAUGUCAAAGCCUUUUGCUAAAGAAUAAACGUCAGUAAUUCGUUUUUAAAAUAAAUGUUGAAAGUAUAAGUAUUAAAUGUAUGUAAUGUACAUAAUUUUCCAGUUUUCACUGCCUGAUCAAACAUGCUGUGCAGUAAUAUUACCCUUGGUCUGACUUUGCAUUAGAAGUGACACUAAUAGAAAAAAUUAAUUCAAACAAUGCACUGACUUUGAAUGGUAUUUUGAAAGAUUUUGAAAGCUAAUAUAAUCAAAUGAGAGAAGUGAGUGGCAUGUGACACUUCAACAGUGUGGCACUGAAGGAGUCAGGAGUCAUCUGCAAAGACCAGCUCUGCUUUUUCAAUAGUGGUUUUAGUGAAAUGAUUCGAGUGGUGCCUGAUUUUCCUACAUUGUCUGACAUCAUCACUUUGAAAAUGGACUUGAACUGCAUAACUGGGUUUAUUUGAAUAGGGAAUUCUGUAUGAUGAAGAAACUCCAUAGACAAGAUUAGCAAGUUUGAAGAAAAACACCUGAAAGAGACAGGUGAUUUUGUCCACACAAGGCACAGAUUCAUUACCUCUGUACAAAGGGAGGCACUGUACCUGAAAUAUCAGUCCCACCUUUUUUGCCAGUUGUGAGAAUAAAGUGAGCUUGAUUCUAAACAGCAAAAUACGAUUGUGUUAUUGUAUAUGCCGUUCGUUUUUAUCUUGACAAAAGAUACAAAGGAAAAGCAACAUUUAAUUUAGGAAUGGACAGGAACCUAGGGAUAUUAGUUAUACUUAUACAGUUUUUGAGUGGGAAGCAGCAUCAGGGAGAAAGCUAAAAAAACAAGCUGAGGUAAAUUCCACACUGAAAAGUUGAAAUAAAGAAAAAGAAAAACAUAAUUACAGGUGUAAAGGCUUCUUUGGUAUUAAAUUAUCUUCUGCCUUUUCCUAUGAUAAUUGUAUUCACAUUAAAUAUAUUCAGAUAACAAGGUUCUGGUAACUGUCUACUGAAGGGGGAUCAAAAUGCAUCCGAACAGUCAAGUUAAGAACAAUUGUUGGCAUUAAAGAGAAUCUAAUUUUACUCGA